AUGUCCACACCACGUGUCCGGGAUGCUCCAAACUUAGCUGUAUCCCUUGGUGGCACCAUGGCACAGCCACACUGUGUGUCCAGAAUGCUCCACACUCAGAUUUGCCCUUGUUGGCACCAUGGCACAGCCACACCACAUGUCCGGGAUGCUCCGUGCUCAGCUGUGUCCUUCUGUGGCACCGUGGCACGUCCGUUCUGUACGUCCGGGUCCCUGGGGGUUUUGUGGAGUGUUUUCCCGUGUGUCCAGGCAGAGCACCCCUGCCCUUUCAGGAGCAGCUGCCGCCUCGGGGACAGCAGGGUGGCCGGUGGCACCGGGCCAGCGAGGGGCCACGUGCCCGGGCCGCCAGGCACACCGGGGGGGGACCCGCUCCCUGCGCCGGCUGCCGGAGCCAGACAGUUGUUUAAUUUCCCAGGAGCAGGGAGGGAGGGGGAUGGAAAGUUUCCCGGCGGGGCUGCCGGGGCCGGGACAGCCGCACGCUUCCUGCUCCGCACCGGGACGAGCGGGGCCUCGCCGCCGGUCCGGGGGUCCCUGAGCCGGGCCAUGCUGCCCACCACGCACUGCUCGCCGGGGACUUCUCCGGCCACGUCCCCCCGCAGUUCCCCCCGCAAUUCCCCCGUCUUCUUCAGGAAGCUCCUGAUGAACCAGAGCAUCCGCCUGCAGCGGCGCUUCACCGUGGCGCAUCCCCUCUGCUUUGACCUGGAGAAUGGCCCCCCCGGCCGGGGUGCGCUGGACCCCCAGGCCAGCCCGGGCGCGGGGCUGGUCCUGCAGGGCACCUUCUCACACGGCCAGCGCCGGGAAUCCUUCCUGUACCGCUCCGACAGCGACUACGACCUGUCCCCAAAAGCCAUGUCACGCAACUCCUCCAUCGCCAGCGACCUGCAUGGAGAAGACAUGAUCGUCACACCCUUUGCCCAGGUCCUGGCCAGCCUUCGCACCAUCCGCAGCAACCUGACCCACCUGCAGGACCGAGCUGGCGUCAAGCGAGGAUCAAGCAGCAGCCUGCCCUCGGGGAGCAAGGCCAGCCUCUCCGCAGAAGAUGCCCACCAGAAGCUCUCACGGGAGACCCUGGAGGAGCUGGAUUGGUGCUUGGACCAGCUGGAGACGCUGCAGACCAGGCACUCGGUCAGCGAGAUGGCCUCCAACAAGUUCAAGCGGAUGCUGAACCGGGAGCUGUCGCACCUCUCGGAGACCAGCCGCUCUGGGAACCAGGUCUCCGAGUACAUCUCCAGCACCUUCCUGGACAAGCAGCACGAGGUGGAGAUCCCCUCAGCAGUGGUGAAGGACAAGGAGAAGGAGCGGAGGAAGCGCCCCAUGUCCCAGAUCAGCGGUGUCAGGAAGCUCACACACAGCUCCAGGCUGGCUGCCGCCGGCAUCCCCCGCUUCGGGGUGCGCACGGAGCACGAGGCGCUGCUGGCCAAGGAGCUGGAGGACACCAACAAGUGGGGGCUCGACGUGUUCAAAGUCGCUGAGUACUCAGGGAACCGCCCGCUGACCGCCAUCAUGUACAGCAUCUUCCAAGAGCGUGACCUGAUGAAGACCUUCCGCAUCCCCGUCAACACCUUCAUCACCUACAUGCUGACGCUGGAGGACCACUACCACGCCGACGUAGCCUACCACAACAACCUGCACGCCGCCGACGUGGCACAGUCCACACACGUCCUCCUCUCCACACCUGCACUGGAGGCUGUCUUCACGGACCUGGAGAUCAUGGCUGCCAUCUUUGCCAGCGCCAUCCACGAUGUUGACCACCCCGGGGUCUCCAACCAGUUCCUCAUCAACACCAAUUCAGAGCUGGCCCUGAUGUACAACGAUGCCUCAGUGCUGGAGAAUCACCACCUGGCCGUGGGCUUCAAGCUCCUCCAGGAGGAGAACUGCGACAUCUUCCAGAACCUGAGCAGGAAGCAGAGGCAGACGCUCCGUAAAAUGGUCAUCGACAUGGUGUUGGCCACAGACAUGUCCAAGCACAUGAACCUGCUGGCGGAUCUGAAGACCAUGGUGGAGACCAAGAAGGUGACCAGCCUGGGGGUACUGCUGCUGGACAACUACUCUGACCGGAUCCAGGUCCUGCAGAACAUGGUGCACUGUGCUGACCUCAGCAACCCCACGAAGCCGCUGGAGCUGUACCGGCAGUGGACCGACCGCAUCAUGGUGGAGUUCUUCCACCAAGGAGACCGGGAGCGGGAGAAGGGCAUGGAGAUCAGCCCCAUGUGUGACAAGCACACCGCCUCUGUGGAGAAGUCCCAGGUGGGAUUCAUCGACUUCAUCGCCCACCCGCUGUGGGAGACGUGGGCAGACCUCGUGCACCCCGACGCCCAGGAGCUGCUGGACACGCUGGAGGACAACCGGGAAUGGUACCAGAGCAUGAUCCCGCGCAGCCCCUCCCCUCCGCCCGAGGGACCCGCGGUGUCCCCCGCCACCACCGACAAGUUCCAGUUCGAGCUGACUCUGGAGGAGGAGGAGGAGGGUGAGUCGGACACAGAGCUGGAGGGGGCCGACAGCCCCUUGGAGGAGGACAACAGCGGCUCCAAGACACCAGGCACGGAUGACUCGGGGAGUGCCGACACCAAGCGCCUGUCCCCCGGCCCCGGGGACCGGGACUCGCCCGUGCCCCGCCCCAGCGAUGUGGACAACCGGCGGGCACUGGAGGGGACACUGCCGAAGGACGGUGGCAGUGGCUGCUCCCUGCCAGGGCCUGAGGGCAGCCAGGGGCUGUGCCUGGACACAGAGGGCAAUGUCACAUUCCUGUCCCUGGGCACGUAG